UUCUUUCCAGAGAAAGAGACGCGCUGUCAGAAACAUUAGCCAAGCACAAGUCUUUAUUAGAACAAUGCCAACAGCGUGAGUUCGAGGCUUAUAUGGAAGUCAAGAAAAGUGCUGAGACGGCAGAAAAUGCGAAACUGGAAAAGGCAGAGGUGAGUGAAGCCCGCCUUAUGACCAUACAGUAAGACUCGAACCAAAUAUAAGACUACUAUGUAGAUAAUGCUUUAUUUGAAUUAUUUCCCCCACCAUUGAAGAUUGAUUAAAGAUUAAUUGAAGAUUGAUUAAAGAUUAAUUGAAGAUCGAUUGAAGAUUGAUUGAAGAUUAAUUGAAGAUUAAUUGAAGAUUAAUUACGCGAAAUAAGGACAAUUUAAGGCCACCUAAAAGUGUCAACGAAUAAGGAAUUGGGGAAAGCAAAGACUCGCUUAUCAGGCCAUGCAUAACAGACUGGGUCAACUUGGACAUAAAGAUAAAACUCUCUAAUAAUUUUCCUACAUUUAGGAGAAAUUUUUUUAGCAAUCUUUGAACUUUCUCUUGUAUAAUCCCAAAAUAUUUUUCAUAGUUAUGUAGUAUAUGAAAGUCUUGUAAAUUUGUUUAUUUAGUUCAGGACCUUUCUGAAAAUCACUUUAUGAGAAAGCUUCCUGAAAAUAAAAUAUUAAUAAAAAAAGAUUCCCGAAUAAGCCCCGGGUUGGGCAUUAAAACUAUAUACAUUAAUUACAUUAAAACUGCACGAUAAAAUAUUAAAACUAACCUGAAAUUAAGGCAUGUGUAAUUUUACGUCGACUCUACUAGGCCAUAAUAAAGAUCAAACAGUUAGAGAGCAAUUUUGACGAGGAGAGAAAAAGACAUGAAGCACUUAGUUCGUCCACAAAUGAAAAAUGGAAACGUGAAUUUGACGAGGUGAAAGAAAAAUUUGAGAAAGAAAAACAAAUAUUGCAAGUUAAGGUAUUUACUGGCACCGACCACUCGAGAUAGAUCGUGUAUUUCUUGUGAUUGCAUCUGGAUAGUCCGUCUUUGCUGGUGCGGAUGAUGUGUCUUCUCUCAGGGUGCGAUAAUUCGCGUCCUUAGGGACCGAGUCUACUAAAAUUUAUUUAUGUAAAGCACCGAAGAGAAAAGGGUUGGGUAAACUAAAUUUUAAGUAAGUAGAAGGUUGGGUAAAUGAAAAAGAAAACAACUAAAGGGUUGGGUUGUAAAAAAUUAUUGUCAUUUCCAAAGCGUGACUCACUGAAAUAUUGGAGACUGAAAAGCAAAGUCAACAGUCAUAUAUCAAUACAAUAAGUGAAUCAAUCAGAGUCACUAUCUUGAUCAUUUUCCGAUCUGUUGGGAGACAAAUGGUGUCUCCAAAGAAAGUACAUGUACAUACAACAUGAAACUUUAGUUAUCAAACUUGUGUCACAGAAGUGGUAAAGGACAUGUGUGACAACUGAAUGGUAUCGGUGUGUGAAGUUUUUGGCCACGGGUGAGUAUUUAUUUUUUAAUUGAUAUUUGAGGUUGGGUAAUCAAAUAUUUUAGCUUUUUAAUGGUUGGGUCAGCAAAAUUUUUGCCAGGAAAAACAUUUCUCUUCGGUGCCACCCGCCGCCAUGAAUAAUGACCGGUCCCUUACGUACCGGAGGUACGCC